UCGAAACUCUGAAGCGUUGUUUUCAACCAUUGGCUGCGUAAAGCAUACCUUGUCUUGAUCUCAUUCUAGAUUUAUUUCUGGUUGCUGUUUAUUAAUUUCUCUGCUGAAUUUAAGUGCAUUCUAUGUGCUUACUGAGUCAUCGACUCACCGUUGUCUCUUGAUUUUUUUCUUCUGAUAACUUCAUACUCCUAGCAUACAAGAUACCUUCUGGCUAAAACCAACCUUACAUCAGGCUGAAGUUACCUCUGUAUCACGGUGAGAGGUCAUCGAGUUAUACUCUUCAAGUUCCGCUUCCAAAUUAUCUGAAGCUGAAGCCUGCGUUGUCAUUGGUUAAUACUUGUUAUACCGUGCAAAACUUAUUUAGAGACUUCCACUUGUUAUUGGUUUCCGACGAAACAUCUUGUUCAAAAAAUGACAACUUUUCUGGUCUGGUUGUUGGCUGUAUUUCUUAUUAUUCCCGCAAUGAAAUGGCUUAUUCAUCAUCGAAGACACGUUAUGCGCCGUAAUUUAAUGAAGAAAUACAGUGUUCCAGUUAAUCACAAGAUUGUUGCGUUCUUUCAUCCUUAUUGUAAUUGUGGAGGUGGAGGUGAACGUGUUCUUUGGACUGCAGUUAAGUGUAUGUUGGAAAAAUAUAAAAACAUUAUAAUCAUAAUUUAUACCAAUGAUGCAGAAUGCCUUUCAAAUCCUGACAAAGUCUUCAGUAACAUCCGAAAAACAUUUGGAAUAUACUUUAGCAAACCGUUUGAUUCUUCUGCUAUACAUUUUGUACCAUUGAAAUCACAAAUAUUACUAACUCCAAGGUUAUACCGUUUAUUCACUCUAGCCGGUCAGGCUUUUGGUUCAGUUCUAGUUGGAUUAGAAGCCAUAUUUAGAUGCCCUCCAGAUGUAUAUGUUGACACUACUGGGUUCUCCUUUACCAUGCCCCUAACCAAAUGGUUAGGUAAUUCACUGACAGCAGCUUACGUACAUUAUCCAACUAUAUCAUCUGACAUGUUGCAACGUGUAUCGUCUUCGUUGUCCUCAAAAAAUAUCAAUGAAGUAGUUCUAACUUACAAUAAUGCUGAUUGGAUUAGAAAUAAUAAAAUUCUUUCCAGUGUAAAGAUUUUAUACUAUAAACUUUUUAUCAAAGCAUACGAGUUCUCUGGUUCAAGUAUAAAUGUCGAUGUUGCAAUGACGAAUUCGUCUUGGACUCAAAAACAUAUUCAAUCACUGUGGGGUGGCAGGCCUGUUGUACUAUAUCCCCCAUGUCCCAUCGAAGAUUUGGAAGGAAGAUUAGUUAGUAAUCAACGGUCUAAAUGGAUCUUGUCUGUUGGUCAGUUUAGGCCGGAAAAAAAUCACAAGCUUCAGUUGGACGCUUUCCAUCACUUCCUUGAACGUCAUAAGUCAACAAAGAACAAUGAACAACAUCAGUUCAAACUUCUUUUAAUAGGUGGCUGCCGGGAUGAUAAGGAUUUCGCCCUUGUAUCAGAACUCAAAGACCAUGCUGCUUCACUAAAACUUGAAGAUGCUGUAGAGUUCCACAUUAAUUUGCCUUAUCAGGAAUUAAAAAGCUAUUUUGGACGUUGUUCUAUUAAUUUGCACACUAUGGUGGAUGAACACUUUGGAAUUAGUAUUGUGGAAGGCAUGGCCUCAGGUCUUAUCACAGUUGCUCAUAGAUCUGGUGGUCCGCUUACUGAUAUCAUUGGACCAUCGGAAACUAGCUUAUCUUGCAAUCAGUUAGAAAAUUCAGGUGUUGGAUUUCUUGCAUCUACAGUUGAUGAAUAUGCAAGUAUUUUUGAGUUGGUAUUGCUAAAAAUGUCCGAAUCACAAAUUGAUGCUAUACGAAAGAAUGCUGCUAAGUGGGUACGCGACAAAUUUUCUGAGGAUUGUUUCAACAGAGGUUGGAUUGAUCAAAUGAAUGCAUUCGGUUUGGAGUCGAUUUCACCGUGAUAAGCGAAACCGACCAUGAGUCUACUGUGAUAACAUUUUUAAGGAUUCCCUUACACACCAAAUUGUGUUUGCUCUUUUAUAACAUUCAUUGGUUCCGUACCGAAUAUUGUUUAAUUACAGUGUAUUUUUGAUUCAUGCAAAUGAUAUUUAUGUGAAUAAAAUAUCUCAUACUGACUAAAGUAUUCAUUUUUAUUGAUAUGGUCUACGUUAUCAGCC